AUGGGAAAGAGAGAUAGCUGAGGAGAUAGGCAGAAGGAAAACCAGAAUAAGGCCGGAAGAAAACACAGAAGGAAACGCAUAAGGAAACCCAGAAGUAAAUCCGAAAGUAAACUAGAAGUAAACCUAAAAAGAGAGCCCAGAAGAAAACAUAGAAAAAAGCUCAGAAGAAAGCCCAGAAAACAUAGAAGAAAAUCCCAGGAGAAACACAGAAGAAAAUUCAGAAGUAGUGCCGAAAAUUGAAAGAAAAGAAGAAAAAUUCAUAAAACCUGUUCAUUGGCCUUCCUACUUAAUUUAACCCAAACUCUUCCAGUGGCUCCUUUUGAGACCUCCCUCAAAAGUCCUUCCAUGCAGAGCGACGCAGCUACAGCAGAAGGCGCAAAACCCUGCAGAAUACGUUAAACGACAUAGACUUAAUAAGAUAAUGAAAUAAGCUAAGAUUUUAUUUCUGUUUAAUUAUGAAAAUCAUUUAAACUUGAUUAAAUUUAUAGCUUCUUACUCGCUAGCCAAAGGGGAUUAAACGAAUCUAAUAUUGAAAAAACUUGGCUUAGAAGCAAAUGCAUUUCUCCCAUAUUUUAUAUUUGCUAUUAUGAUGCUAAUGAAAUAAGUGAAAGGCAGUUGAUUUAUCUAUUUCAUCUAUAUCGCUUCUCCACCCUACUAGAUCAUCAUUAGCCAUUUACUUAAUUCUUAGAUUGCAAAUGCACUUUACAAUAUCUUGAAAAACUACAAAAAUGCUUAUCAAACCUAGACCAUUUUUUAAUAGUUUGAAACCUGACCAUGAGCUAUUAUUGUAGAUAAGCUAUAUUAUAUAGAUAUAUUUGUGUAA